AUGGCCUUUCUGAAGGAAUUGCUCAAAGCCAGGAAUUUGCUGCUGGUCAUCUUCAUCCCACUUCUGCUGCUGCCUCUACCGAUCCUACACCCCAAUAGUGAGGCUGCAUGUGCCUAUGUCCUGAUUGUGACAGCUGUAUACUGGGUGUCAGAAGCCGUCCCACUUGGAGCUGCGGCCCUCGUGCCUGCCUUUCUCUACCCUCUUUUUGGAGUCCUCCGAUCCAGCGAGGUGGCUGCAGAGUAUUUCAAGAACACCACCCUGCUGCUGAUGGGAGUCAUCUGUGUGGCGGCAGCAGUGGAGAAAUGGAACCUACACAAGCGGAUUGCCCUGCGCAUGGUCAUGAUGGCAGGAGCCAAGCCCGGCAUGCUGCUGCUGUGUUUCAUGUGCUGCACCACCCUUCUGUCCAUGUGGCUCUCCAACACCUCCACCACCGCCAUGGUGAUGCCAAUUGUGGAGGCCGUGCUGCAGGAGCUGGUCAGUGCUGAAGAAGAGCAGGUCAUGGAGGCCCCUGGCAACUCCAGCACUGAAGAAACUGAGCCAAUCAGCCUUGGUGAAAAAAAUGGACCCCCUUCUCUGGAGCUCAUUUUUGUCAAUGAAGACUCAUCAACCCCAGAUUUCCCUUCUCUGAUGCAGGGCAAGAACCUGAAUGGAGUACACAUGAUCACCAACCCUAUCAAGCCUGUGAAACCUCAGAGCAGGAGACAGAGCUCACCGCAGGAACGGCUAUUAGUCCUGCCCCCUGACCCUAGGAACCUGGAGCUGAGCAGCAAGUACAGAUCCCAACAUGAUCAUAUGGUCUGCAAGUGCCUGUCCCUGAGCAUAUCUUAUGCUGCCACCAUUGGGGGCCUGACCACCAUCAUUGGUACAUCCACCAGCCUCAUCUUCCUAGAACACUUCAACAACCAGUACCCAAGUGCUGAGGUGGUGAACUUUGGGACCUGGUUCCUUUUUAGCUUUCCCAUCUCCCUCAUCAUGCUGGUGGUGAGCUGGUUUUGGAUGCACUGCCUGUUCUUGGGUUGCAAUUUUAAAGAGACCUGCUCCCUGAGUAAAAAGAAGAAGACAAAAAGAGAAGAGCUGUCAGAAAGGCGGAUUCAAGCAGAAUAUGAAAAACUGGGAGACAUUAGUUACCCUGAGAUGGUGACUGGAUUCUUCUUCAUCCUAAUGACCCUGCUCUGGUUUACCCGGGAGCCUGGUUUUGUCCCUGGCUGGGAUUCAUUCUUUGAGAAGAAAGGCUACCGUACAGAUGCCACUGUCUCUGUCUUCCUUGGCUUCCUCCUCUUCCUAAUCCCAGCUAAGAAACCCUGUUUCGGAAAAAAAGAUAAAGGAGAGAGCAGAGAAGAUGCGAUGGAAAUGGAACCCAUCAUUACAUGGAAGGACUUCCAGAAGACCAUGCCCUGGGAAAUUGUCAUUCUGGUGGGAGGAGGUUAUGCUUUAGCAUCUGGAAGCAAGUCCUCCGGUCUCUCCACAUGGAUUGGGCACCAGAUGUUAUCCUUGAGCAGCCUUCCACCCUGGGCAGUCACCCUGCUAGCAUGCAUCUUGGUGUCCGUGGUCACUGAGUUUGUUAGCAACCCCGCCACCAUCACCAUCUUUCUGCCGAUCCUCUGCAGCUUGUCUGAAACCCUCCAUAUUAACCCACUCUACACUCUGAUCCCCGUGACCAUGUGCAUCUCCUUUGCCGUCAUGCUGCCAGUGGGCAAUCCUCCAAAUGCUAUUGUCUUCAGCUACGGCCACUGCCAGAUCAAAGACAUGGUGAAAGCCGGAUUAGGUGUCAAUGUAAUUGGACUGGUGGUAGUGAUGGUGGCUAUCAAUACUUGGGGAAUUAACCUCUUCCAUUUGGAUACCUUUCCAGUCUGGGCUAAGGUCAGUAACAUCACUCAUCAGGCCUAG